AUGGCCCAACAACAAGAGUUCUUUAUGAAGCUUUUGGAGGACAUAUAUGGUAAUACUCGUAAACAUGAAGCAGUUGCCGAGAAUGUAACUAUGGGGGGAUCCGGAGCCUUCCGGGCUUGUGACUGUGACGAGGGGCAAAAAGUGAAGUUUGGCUCUCAAAUGCUGAGGGGUGCAUCUCUAACCUGGUGGAACAUUGUCAUCUCGACCAUCGAGGUUACUGAAUUGACCAAGAUGAGUUGGACCACAUUCAAGGAAAAAGUAAUGGAAGAGUAUUGCAAUGAACAAGAGAUGGAUCGUAUCGAAGAAGAAUUCCGAACCCUGAAGAAGGGAAAUUUAUCAGUAAGGGACUACACCCGACUCUUUAUGGAAAAGCUAAACUUGGUGGGACACGUGGCCCCAAUGGAGAAAGAUAAGAUGAAAGCCUACCUUAAAGGACUACAUGCGGACAUGAUGGUAAUGGUUAGGAACUCAAGAGCUUCCACCCUCAGGGAAGCAAUCGAAGAAGCCAAGGUCUUGGAAUCAGUUUAUGUUAAGGGAAAUGAAGAAAGGAUGUCGUGUGGUGAGAAGAGGAAGUGGGAAGGGCCCUACGCACCAUCCAAAAAGCCAAAUCACUUUAGCAACAACAAUCACGGAGCCCAUCCUAAACAAGAGACAAAAUGGUGUCCCAAGUGCCGCAACAAACAUCAAGGCCCGUGUAGCACCAACUCUACCCCCAUCAAAUGCUUUAAGUGUGGGAAGACAGGCCGCACGCGGAACAAGUGUCCAAUCAAGGGACCCAUAUGUUUUGGAUGCGGGGAACCGGGCCAUUUCAAGAAUGAUUGCCAAAAGUUGAAAACAGGUGGGAGUCAAGGGAGAAAAGAGGGCGCCCCGAAAGCAAUCGGUCGGGCUUUUCAGAUGUCGAGAGAAGAAGCUAAGACGUCGACGGAUGUAAUGUCGGGUAUGUUCACUGUUAACUCCGUACCUGCUCAUGUCCUUUUUGAUUCAGGUGCCUCAUGUUCCUUUGUGUCCACUACAUUCUAUCAACACUUGCAUACGCCACCUAGUACUCUAGAAGAUGCGUUAAUCAUAGAGAUAGCAAAUGGUAGUCAAGUUUUGGUGCACGAAAUUGUUAGAGAUUGUGUUUUGGGGAUUGAAGGAAAGGAAUUUCGGGUGGACCUCAUACCCAUGGCUAUAGGCGGAUUCGAUAUCAUAAUCGGGAUGGAUUGGCUAAGAGAUGCUCCUCAUUCAUUGCACGUGAAGGUGGUUAGAGAUUUUCCUGACGUAUUCCCGGAAGACUUGCCCGGUUUACCACCCGUUAGACAAGUGGAGUUCCAAAUAGACCUUAUUCCGAGAACCGCUCCAAUUGAUAAAGCACCUUACCGUCUGGCCCCUUUCAAGAUGCAAGAACUGAUGUCUCAGUUGCAAGACCUUAUUGAGAAAAGAUUCGUUAGACCGAGUUCGUCACUGUGGGGAGCUCCGGUCUUAUUUGUAAAAAAGAAGGACGACACCAUGAGGAUGUGUAUUGACUACCGAGGACUCAACAAGGCAACUGUAAAGAACAAAUAUCCUCUCCCCAGGAUCGACGACCUUUUCGACCAACUUCAGGGAGCAAGUUGCUUCUCGAAGGUCGAUCUUCGCUCGGGGUACCACCAAGUACGUGUGAAAGAUGAUGACGUGGCAAAGACAACUUUUAGGACACGUUAUGGGCACUAUGAAUUCUUGGUCAUGCCCUUCGAUUUGACGAAUGCACCAGCAGUAUUUAUGGACUUGAUGAAUCGGGUCUGCCGACCAUUCCUCGACAAGUCUGUAAUUGUAUUCAUUGACGACAUACUUAUUUAUUCCAAGGACAAAUCGGAUCAUGAACAACACCUUCGGGAGGUCCUCGAAAUGCUAAGAAAGGAGAAGUUGUAUGCAAAAUUCUUCAAGUGUGACUUUUGGUUGAAUGAGGUUUAA